AUGGAGCGCCUCGCCACCCUACUGAGCGACGCGCCACUCGACCAAAUACGGACGAAGUGGUCCGAGCUCUCGUCCAAGUCCCUCCUACGCUUGGCACCACCCUCCAGCAAACUGCGAACGACACCCUGCGCCGCCGACCACCUCCCGGAAGGAGGCCCGUUGCGAUGCGAAGAUUUCCUGAUAUUGCUGCACCACUUCCGGCCCGGUGAAAAUGAAGAAAAAUGGUCGCAGGACGCCCUCGACUUAUUUAAACAACUAGACGUCACGGGCGAUGGCUUGGUGGAGUGGUCCGAGUUUGCCGAUUUCAUAUUAGCGCAGGACAUGUCGAGACCUCCCGGCGGCAUGUACGAAUUGGCUGUGGAUGAGAACAAAGCGGCGGAACUAGUAGGUUGUUAUUUUCCCAGAACAUAUGAAGUGAUUGACGGUGGGGAGUGUAGUUGGGACGUUCAGAUCAGAAAAUUAGUCUACCUCCCACCACCGAUCCACCGAGUGGCGGCCUUCCCGACGAAGCAGCGAGACAACGUCAUGAUCGUCAGCGCGAACCAUCCACCAAGGAAGCAGAGCGGCAUGCUCAAGCACCACACCUCGUACCGCGAACACGAGGUCUGGGACUGCGUUGGUGUGGAUGGGACGGAGAUUUGUGUGACAUCCUCAUCACUAGAAGCGCCUGUGCGCACGCGACGGGACCAGGACGAUCCAGGGGAUAAACACUACCUGACGAUGUGGCGAAUAACAAAGGGCAUGCCCGAUGUGGUCCAUCGUAGGGAGACUCCUACAUCACAAUCAGCGCUGUGUUAUGCGCAGCGGUUAGAUCGACUCUUUACGGGCGGUAUCGAGGAAGGAUUCGUGUAUGAGUACGCCUUCGACGACCCCCCCAGGAUAGAUCAUAACGUGCCGGAGUGGAAGAAGCCCCCGCCCGGACCGGUGGCGUUGGUGAAAUGUCGCUGUUUGCGGUGCCACGUCUUUGGGAUUAGCGUGAUCCAAGACUUACACCGACGGCUGGAGGACACAAAUCUCAUCGCGACGGGCAGUACGGACGGCACUUUGCAUGUCUGGUUGCAGGGCGACUGGCACGCCAAUCAAGCAACAGAUUACGACACGGUCACGUCCCAGGACUCGGCGAUGACUGAUAUAUCCCAUUCUCAUGCGAGUUCUGUUAUCCCAAAACCUCAAGAUAGAACUGAAUUAGAACCAUUAGCACGGUUAUCGGCGCAGACGGCUGGUUCGGCCGUACUGGCCCAUUCCGACAGGCAUGAACUGCUGUUUUCCUGUGGGCGCAAGCCCGUGCAUGGAGACUAUAGCUCAGGUGACAUCCUGGUCUGGGACGUGUCGAACGUCGAAAUAGGCAUGAGGCUCCAGGCCCUGACGCCCAUGACGUCCCAUGAGAACCGUGUUACUGAUCUACUCGAGUUGCCGGACGAGGAUCGACUUUUAUCAGCGGAUAUUGAUUGUAAAGUUAUAGCGUGGUCCUUACCUGGUUUGGUGCCUCUCCAGACCUUCCAGGGAGGGAACUGCGUCGAACGAGUACCCUUAUAUAGAGAUGCCCCGCCUCUGGAAGCUGGUAAAGAAGACGGCUGCGUGAUCUACGGCGCGGGACCACUGAAAGCCUUCCGCCGAACCCAACCGGCAGUCAAGGAACCCCUCGUAAAGGCCCACUACGAUUGUAAUAUGGGGACCUUCCUCUGUGGGUCAGCCCAUAGGAUAUGUGUCUGGGAUGGUUCGACAGGUAAAAUGAGGAGCCAGGUCGGCAUCCCUCAUCUAUUAGCUCAGGACACGGCUCCCCAGUCGCCCACCAAACUCAGAAGCAGACGACCGGUCAUAAAAGGCAGAGGCAAGAAGUUCGAGGUCGACCUCUACAAAGAAGUCGCAGAGAUUAGUGGACCGGAGCCGACGGGCGAGGCCGUCGCUUAUAGCGUAGCGCAAGAUGGGCGGAAACUCGCUGUGUGUACGGCCAAAGGUGGGGUCCAUGUUUGUGUGGUCCCUUCUGGAGGUCAUGCCCCGAGGUUGUCGAAGAACUUGGAUCCCCACGGCUCAUCUUGUUCAGAUGUAUGUCUCGUCGAUGAAGAUAAAUUAGUAUUAUCAGGUGGCUUGGACGGGAAGGUGGCCGUGGCGGACGACGCGUUGGCUACGGGCUAUGAGGAGCCUACUGAGGGCGUACAGGGCAAGUUCGUGCGGCUGCGGGACGUCAACGUCGUGCGCGCGCGGAAGAAGAAGCGAAAGCAGCGCAUCAAGACGAAGCUGAAGGCCGUUCAUGCCCUUAGUUCACCUACACAAUCAGUGGCCUCCGACGACCUCUCGGCCACGUCCCCCCAGUCCCAAUCUUCAGAAAUGUCGUCAAUAGGCUCGCCGACGAACGCUCGAAGUUCCUUCGAGUCCAUGUCCGCGUGCUCGUUCUCCUUCGCUUCUUCACCAGCAUCCCCAACGGGGACCGAAAGCAAAGCAUUUGCGUCGAAGGAUGUGAGACAUGAAGUUUUAUGUUGCGUGGCCGAUGCUGGCUUGUCGUUAGUAGCCUCGGUGUCACGCUCGUCAAAUGACCCGCACGAGCCCUUUAUAUGUGUCUGGGAUUUCGAGCAUUUGGAGUUGCGAGGGACUUGUAGUCCACCUGUGGGGGAUCUACAAAAGGCCGCGCAGCAGGGCACGCCGCCGCCUCGAGUGACGUCUGUCGUGUUCGUGAGACCCUAUCCCGUGUUAUGCGGUUCUACCUCGACCGGUACACUGCAUUUGUGGCGCGUGCCCGAGUGCACCCUUGUAGCAUCACUGACGUUCGUCGAUUCACCAGCAACGAUGCCAUUUCUUCAAAAACCCGAGUAUCCCGCUUUUUUGACCGAUGUUUCGAAGCCGGAGGUCAAGGAAGUGUCGUUCGGGUGCGUCGACGUGUGCGUCCAUGACGCGGGCUGCACGUUGUCAGCGGGUGCGGACGACGGCACGUGCGUCGUCUGGUCCUUAUCAGCUGACUUCUUCACGCAUGCGUCCCUCGUACCAAAUUCAUUAACAAAGCGCGACAACUACAAUCCGCGGCGCCAAGCGCAUCCGGUGGUGGAGUGGGGCGAACUUAGACGUAGUAGGCGUUUAUCGCGUAUCUCGUUUGGAGCGAACCCAUCACCACAAGCUCUUGACGACGCCCAAACGGCAUCCGAUGAAGCCAAAUGCUGGGACGCCCAUGCGGGGGUCGUAUCAUCAGUGCAAGUCGUCGCGAGACCGCAAGCCAUCGUUACGGCCGGCGAGGACGGCAUGGCGCGCGUCUGGACGUUUGACGGUCAACCAAUCGGUUUGCUGGACGUCAACGCCCCGGAGGGUAAUGGUAUCCCGUGGCACUUCCGCACGGCGGCCUUCGAAGAACAUGGUGGUGAUGGGGAAGCGCGCGAGAUGCUCCACGAGGCGAAGGCGGCGGCGGCGUUUUAUGCGGGGAUGAAAUCUCGAGCGACGCGGGACGAGAAAGCGCGAGCACGCGAAAUAGCCCUCACGAAGCUCAAGCAGGGCACGCCCGAAGGUUUGGAAGAUCUCGCGUCCCAUACCAUACGGUCUAGAGCAACGUCGCCUCCUAGAUCACCUAUUACCUCGCAUAGAAAGUCGACGCUGGUCAUCGAGGACGUUUCGCUAGAAGAGGGCUGGGCCCUGGCGAUCAAGAGCCCGACGGCCUUCCAGCUUCGAGAUGAAAAUGCCACAUUGAAUCCGCACGACACGGCGAGCGAGGGCCGCAAGGGCUGGGACGCCGUCUUCAACGGCAUCAACGCCCUCGAGGAGCAGAACCGGGCCAACGAACUUGCCUUGAACUCGCCGUCGAAAUUGAGGCGGCGGCGGUCCAUUAGAGGCGCGAUAAAAACAAGCGGCAAGACGUGGCGCACCUUACCUUCGUUGAUCGACCUGUCUCAUUUAGCUUCGGAGUUGCCCGGGCCUCCUGGAAGGUGCGAUCCUCCCGUUGUCAGGAAGCCGAGGCCCCACGGCCGCGUCAAGUCGCUGCGCGAGCGCGUUUUGAGUAGAAGGGACCAGCUCAUUCCCCGAAAACUGGGACCGGACCCGGCCGAGGGCUUCGCGGACAACGGCCAGUCCGUGGCGCGCAUGAUGCGGCUGGCGCACAUGGGGUACUAAUCUACUUGUGUUUCUUAGUUAGUUCGUUGCCUGCCAGAAGGACAGGAUGGUCCACAGGACGCCGUUGUCGGCCCGGCGGAGGAUGAACUUGAUCGCUGGCGUCGCCGCGAGGCGCUCGCGCGCGCGGCCCCGGGUGAUGAGGCUUCGCAGGCGCAAGAUUCUUUUGUGAUCUUGGCGGCAGAACGCCUUCCAGCUUCCCGCGGCGCGGACGCCGUUAAUCAGGGCCUUGACCUGGACGAAGGUGUCGCUGUCGCGCAGAGCAGGAUUCGCCUCCUCAGCUGCCCGAAGUUCCAUCUCAGCCGUCCUUUCGUCGGAGACGGCAUCCAACGAAGCCCCCGCGCGCAGCAACAACGUGGUUAUGCGAUAUAUAAUUGUAAAACGUUCUUCCGAGGACCCUUCGUUCGGAAAGCCCAAAAGUGUCAUGCCGAGUGGAGUAUCGGCCGGGUAUGAGGCAUCCUCGGGGUUCGGUUGUGCUCUGCAGUGCACAUUGGCUUUUGCGUCCAGGAGCAACGCGACCAUGUCCGCGGAAUGAUCAACUAAUCGGUCGCAGGCGUAAUGCAGCGGGGAGAGGCCCAAUGCAGGUGGCUGUUCUUCUGCACAGAUGUUGACGUCCGCCCCGUGCUUUAUCAGCAACCGGGCCAAAUCAACGUGUGACCUGGUACGGGUGUGCGGGGUACCCGCACAAAUGAGGAGCAUGGUAUGUCCCCGUCCACCGCGCUCAUUCACGUCGUUCCCCUCGUUAAGCCACGCCUCGAUCGGAGCGACGUCUCCAUGUCCAGCGGCAUUCGAAAGGUAAUCUGGUAAAACCAUAAGCCAACUCGGAGUCCGGGCGCGACGUAAAAUAAACUUGCCUCUAGGCUCUGGAGUGACAGUGGAGUCUGUGUCUGCUGUAGGGACCUCGCGUACACGGCGUGGCCGCGUUGCCCGGCACUGUGGGGUUCUAAAUUAAGGACUACGUCAGUCACCAAACGACGGGGCGUACGCCGCGCGUACGCCGCAAAUUUGCGGUGAAAAACCCGUUUUUUUUGCUCGGCACGCGCGCGUAGCUCGCAGCCGCGGGCCCACGCGUGGCCACGCUACCGUCAACGAGGCCUUGUCGUGGCGCUGUGUGCCAGUGUGUCAUUCAUUCACCAACUUACACAGAGACGCCUCUCCCGCGGCGGGCCGACUACUUGUCCGCGCGCCAGUACGACAGCACCUUCCAGACGAUCCCGUUGUCGCCCUGUUUGGCGACGAACGCGAUGGCCCGUUCGUACUUGCUCCCGCCGCCGGGGGGCGCGAGGAAGCCCUUCGUCACGAGGCCGCGCACAGCGCAGACGUCCUUGUGCGGCCGGCGAAUGUAGGCCUUCCAGCUGCCCGCGGCGCGCACGCCGGUGAUCAUCUUCUUGCACUCGAUGCACUUUUCUUUCGUCUCGGCGAUGACAGUUGGGUUCGCCCCGGGGAUAGAGUUAAUAAAUUGCCAAAAUUGCCGGAGAAGAUUUUCGGCUGACAUGUAUGAGGCACCAGAUACCGCCCGCACACAAAUGUCGUCCAACUCCGCCCCGGCGCGCAAAAGUGCAGCGACCUUCGACGGAAAGUUCCGUACUGGGCCGUAGACGUGAUUCAUAGAUCUCACCGUCCUGAGGAGUCUCCCGAGCGGCGUCUCAAUAUAGCCGCUGCCGCCGCCCGAUGUCCUCGCCUUCACGUUCCCUCCCGCCGCUAGCAGGAGGUCGAGCAUGUCUCGAUUGGGAAUCGCAUCAGUAGAGGCCGCAUGCAACGGAGAGCAUCGCCCCAUAUGGUCGUUGUGCGAAUCACUAGCGCAUCGGUUCACGUCGGCGCCACGCUCCAAAAGCAGACGAGCUAGCGCGACGCGUCGAUCGGGGGGCGCAGACAUUGAGCAGGCGAUGAGCAGGGUGCAUCCGUACUCGUCGUACUCGUUUAUACAUGCGCGGCCGCCAUCUGGCUUGCCAUCGAGCCACGCUCUCACGGCGUCCAAAUCUCCGUUCUCUGCCGCAGUCGCGAUUUCUGCUGGGAGGACCAUUUACGACAAGCACGCGUCUGCCCGCCUGCUGAACUGGUGCUGCUCCUCGCACCCAGGGAGUAUAGUGGCGUUGCAAGUCUUGGCGCCUCGCGCAAGAGAGGUGGACAGCAGGGUAAUUCUAAGACUCCACUCGUCACUAAUCUCAGGAUCAAGCCACAGCGCUACGUAGCGCUACGCAACUUGCAAGAGCAGCUUUGCUUGCUUGCUAGUGUCUUACAGGCCGCUAGCGCGCGGGAUUUCCUAAACGCGGGAGCCCUUUGCUUGCUUGCUAGUGUCUUACCAACCUAGCUCGAGUCAUCCAGAUUAUCCAAAGGGGGAAAGGAUUUCUGUGCACGAGGCGAAAGGAAGUCAAUCCUCCCCUCGUCCGACCGCAUCCAUCAUCGGCGGCGCCGCUCGACGCCGCGACGAUGAACUUCCCGUCGGAAAACCAAUCCGCGACCUCGCUCAGGCGUCCGCGGCCACGGAUGUAUGACCGAGCCGCCCUUUUGCCGCUCCGCGCGCCGCGUCGCCGGCGCCGACGUGUAAAAUCCAGUGGCUUUCACACAGCCCGUGUGCGAGGCGUCACGGCGUCGGGCCAGCGGUCGCCGGUCGGCGCGAUGAAGGUCAGAGUAAUGCGAACUCGUUACGCAUUCGUCCCAAACUACGGUCGUGGACGUGGCCCUAUCAAUUGGCCUGCAUGCCCAGCAAAGCGCAGCUUUGCCAAAGCCAUCAAAAAUACGACUCAUUACGCGCCGAACGACCCUUCCGAGGCUUCGAAACGACGUGUGUCUGCAAACCAAAACAAAAACGCCAAUGGUUUGCGCGCGCGGCGAUGCGGCGAUCGCGAGGCAGACCGCAGUUCCAGACGGAAACACUGGUCGAGUAGACGUCCUCCUUAUGUAAAGUCCGCCCGAUUAUCGUGCAGACAGAGCUACACGGGGUAGUGUGGAGACACACUAGGAUCAAGCUUCUUGUGGAACAAACUGUUGGCUGCCCGAGAACCACACGACGCUCAUGGCAGCCCAACAAACGAUGGGGAAAGAGAAUGUAGCCACAGCGGCGACAGCGGAAAAGCCCGAGCCGCCGGCCCUGGCCGCCCUGGAUUUAACUGGCGCCACGCCGCCUCCAUUGCCCAUGGCGCCGCCCGCCGCCACGCCGUCCAAGCCGCCGGCGCCUCUGUUAACCCCGCGAUCGGCCCCGCCGCCGCCGCCGCCGCCGGCGCCCAUCGCCUGCCCGCGCAUCGAGGCCAAGGACUUUGAGACGUUGGCCGCAGCGCUCGAGGCGGCCCACGUCAAGCCGGGCCGCGUCGACGUCGUCGUCGCGGAGGGCACGACGCUCACGGGGACCAUAAAAGUGCCGGCCGGCGUCCGAUUGGUCGGUUCCGCCGGGACCAGGCCUAUCAUCAUGAGUACUUUGACGCUCAAUGGUGACGGCGCGGGCGUCAUGAAUUGUGACUUGCGGGAGGGCGUCAAGGUACAAAUGGGCACGAAGGAUACUGAAGUAAGAGGCUGCGCCGUGACGAACCCCUGCGACGCCGGGAUAUUGUCGCGCGGCGCCGCGUUGACGAUCAGCGACUGCGAGCUCUACGAGUGCGAGGACGCCGUGCGCCACACCUACGGCGACCGCCUGACUUUAGUAAGAUGCCAAAUCAGGAACAUCGACGGCGACGGCAUCUGCUCGAUUCCCAAGAUUUCACUCCUCGAGGACGUUUCCUUUGAAAACAUUGGGCGCCACGAGGUCAUGUGCAAGGCCGGCGUCCUGCGCAAAGUGACGUCGCCCGUCGUCGAGCCGCCGCCGCCGCCGCCCGUGCCCAUCUCACAACUACCCUACGGGCCCGCGGGCUAG